UGAUCAGUCCUACCAUCUCUCAGUUCAACGGAGUGGAUGACGCCGAAAUGGAUAAAGUCAUUGAUGACUAUGUCGACCGUAUGUCUCACACAAGAGAUCAUUUCUUAGGUUAUCCAACCAAUCUAGACUUCAACUACGAUGCACUCGAGAAGUUACUACGUUUACACUUGAACAACGCUGGUGAUCCAUUUAUAGGCAGCGGUUAUUCACUUGACUCAAACCCAUUUGAGCUGUGCGUACUUCAUUGGUUUUCCGAACUGUGGAAAAUAGAGAAGAAUGAGUACUGGGGAUAUAUUACGACUGGUGGAACUGAAGGAAAUUUUCACGGGCUCUUAGUUGGGAGAGAACUACAUCCCGAAGGAAUUAUUUACACAUCAUGGGACUCGCAUUAUUCAGUGAUGAAAGUAGCAAGACUUCUUAGAGUCAAGUGUGCGGUAGUGGGAACUCUAAUCUCAGGUGAGAUUGACUAUAACGAACUAAAGUCACUUCUCGCAAACAAGGACAAGCCAGCCAUAAUCAACCUAAAUGCAGGGACUACCUUAAAGGGAGCCAUUGGUGACCUGGAUCUUGUGCUCCAAUCACUUGAGGACUGUGGUUUCACUCAAGAUCGAUUCUACAUUCACUGUGAUGCCGCACUAUCCGGAAUGAUGGUACCUUUCGAUGUUCGCGCACCAGAUAUUUCUUUCAAGAAACCCAUUGGAAGCAUAACUAUUUCUGGCCACAAGUUCCUGGGCUGUCCAAUGCCUUGUGGCAUUUUUAUAACUCGUUUAAAACACAUUGAUUUUCGCUCAAGCGAAAAAGUAGAAUACAUUCCCUCAAAAAACAAUACCAUCUCUGGAAGUCGAGGAGGCCAUGCUGCCAUCUUCAUUUGGUAUGCUCUCAACAAGAAAGUGUUCAAUGGCCUUCAACAAGAAGUCCAAGAAUGCAUCAAGAAAGCGAUUUACCUUCGAGACUCCUUGAGAGAGGACGGCAUUGGAGCAUUGCUAAACAAGUUCAGCAACACUGUGGUGUUUGAGAGGCCUCAAGAUGAUGCGUUUGCUCGCAAGUGGAGCUUGUCUAGCAAAGGGAAUAUAUCACAUGUGGUUGUGAUGCAACAUGUGUCGCAGGAAAUGUUGGAUUCGUUUGUGAGUGAGUUUGUGAAGAAUCGUUGUGCUUGGUACCAAGGUAAUAAUAAGCAAAUGAAGCCUCCUUGCGUUGCUGAGGAUAUUGGUGUUGAGAAUUGUGCUUGUGCUUUUCAUAAGACGACGAUUUCUGGAAAUGUUGGACUCAUUUGUGAGUGAGUUUCUGAAGAAUCGGUUAGUUUGGUACCAAGAUAAUAAUAGGCAAAGGGAGCCUCCUUGCAUUUCUGAGGAUAUUGGUGCUGAGACUUGUGCCUGUACUUCUCACAAGAUGUU